AUGAAUUUCUGCGAGAAUACUCGACAGAAAUGUAUCGAAAUCAUAGACAAUUUAAUGAAACAUCCAAUAGCAGAAAUAUUUAUCAACCCAAUAGACCCAGAAUUAGACAAUGUUCCUAACUAUUUCGAAAUUAUUAAAAAACCAAUGGAUUUAUCAACGGUAAAAAAGAAUUUACAAGACGGAACUUACACUAACUUCAAUGAUUUUAAGAAAGACGUCGAACAAAUAUGGGGAAAUGCUUCGUUAUUUAACGGAAGACCUUCAUUACCUUCAAUGAUGGCUGACGAACUAGCAAGAAUAUUUAAGAAACUUGUUUCCCCUAUAGAGUCAUUAGGUAGAGAAGAAUGGAUUGCUGCUUAUUCCAAAUCUCAAGCACAUCUUUACAAAUUAUUCAGAGCUCAACCAAAGCAAUUAGAGCAAUUUAACUUAUCACCAGACACAGAAAUGCUUGUUCCUGAAAGGAGACUUGCAAGAUCAUUCCUUCAGGCAGAAGAUACAAAAUUAUUCCAAGAAGCUUUCAGAUUUAUUCAUGAUCCUGCUCAUUUAUCAAAACUUAAGCAAAUUAUUACAGAAAAUGAACCUUCAGUCGAUCCAACUGAAGAAGAAUUGCAUAUUAACUUAUCUGCUUUGACUCAAAAGACUCUUAAGCUCUUGCGUGCAUUUGCCAUUGAAAUGAAAGAAGUUCAAAUGAGGCAACCAAUGUUAGAAUAA